ACUUUUCACGGAAGAAUGAGUGAAAGAAUGAAAAAGCUCAUUAUCAAAAGAUUAACGAGAUCUACUGUUCCAUAGACUUUCUUUGAUCCCCUGGGUUGAUUCCCUCAACCCCUCAUUGGUUAUUUGCGAUUGUUUUCCUGGAAAAACGAGCAGGAGAAUGGGCAAAGAAGGCGAGAUAGAGGAGGGGAUGAUGGCGGCCAAGGUGCGUCGCAGGAUUUCAUUGAAUCGCCAAUACCACGGAGAUUAUCUUAAUGUAAAGUCUAAUCAGAACAUUUUCAACCUUCUUCAAAAACAAGGAGACAAGAAACUACUGUUUGCAGACAAUAUUCUGAAGGUCAAUGGGUCAGGUAAGAUCAAGCGGCAAGUGCUAUUGAUAAGUGAUGUUGCUGCUUACCUUUUGGAUGCACAGUGGGGAAAUCUUAAACGCCGAAUAGCAUUGAAGGCUGUUGAGAAAGUCUGUCUGAGUGAACUAAGCGAUAAUUUUUUUGCCAUCAUUGUUCCUACUGAAUAUGAUACUCUUCUGGCAAGUUCUCGAAAGACAGAGAUUGUAGCAGUACUUGUUGAAGCAAUUAAGAAACUUACAGAUAAUCCACUUGAAGUUAUUUUGUCCAACAGGUUUGAAUACUGUGUAGCCUCAGAUUCAACUAGAGAAAUGUUCUUUGAGGAAGUGGAAGGUGGUGUAAAGACAAGGAUUGUAAAAAAGUGACACAUUGGAGAAUUGGAGAGGCAAACUGUCUUUUGUAGUUGCUUUUUCUUGGGGGAAAGGCGAUAAUAUCAUCUUAACAAAUGGGAUGUAUCACAGCAACCGAAGCAUGAUGUAAUUUGUUUUAGCAUGCUUUUUAUCAAUUUUUUUAAUGCAUGUCUGCAUGCAAUAUUGUGGGUAUACUGUAUAUUGUAAUGGUCAUUUAUUGAUAGUAGUUCCACAUGCAUUUACAAUGAGCAUUGGAAAGCAAUAUAAAUAGGAGUUUAUCA